AUGCAGGGUGUAGCAGCAGGGGAGCCAAUCCCAGGCAGUAGUUCGGAUAUGUUUAUACCUAAUGGGGUACCGAUUCAGGCGUCAGCAAUGCGUUUAGAAAGUGUCAAAAGCACUUGUAAAGGCAAUCAGUUCCUGGUCAGCAGAUUCGUCUCCAAGCUAGAAUCAUCAGCACCUGUAGCUAUUACUAGCCUACACAAGAUGAGAGUUGGCAUCUACGAUGAGCGACCUGGGCGUCGCAUGCCUCUGGUCGACACAGAGCUUAGAAAGAGCUACGAUCAAGCCACCAAUGCGUGUGGGUAUGAAGAGAGGAUGAAGUAA